UAAUUUUUGUGUGCCUAUGCGGCUCAUUUUAGACAGUGAAUUUCCGAUGUAUUUUCCAAAGAACCAGCAAACAAGUGAAGUCAACUUAAUUGAAGCAACAUCCAUGAAAUAUGAUAUCAAAGUGCCAGAGUGAAGCAGUAUACUUCCAUAUCACCACAUUUCAAUGAAUGUUACCAGCCUCAGUCAUCAGUGAUAACUGUACUGUAACAAAUUCUCCUAGUGAAACAUCUACAGAAAAUAGAAAGCUUGUUUAACAUAAAUGUGGAUUUGCUGAUUGAGAAUCUGAUCAAUUAAGGAGUAUAUAGUACCUGACAUAUAAAAUAUGGCGGACAAUAGAGAAGAUGAUGAACUCAGUAUACCAAGAGCAGCACUGAAUAAGAUGAUCAAAGAACUGAUACCAAACAUACGGGUAGCAAAUGAUGCAAGGGAGUUAAUUCUCAACUGCUGUACAGAAUUUAUCCACCUUGUAUCUUCAGAGGCAAAUGACAUUUGUAAUAAACAACAAAAGAAGACAAUAUCUCCAGAACAUGUAUUAGCAGCCUUGGACAGUCUCGGCUUCAGUGGAUACAAGGAGGAUGCUGUAGCUGUUCUAGAAGAGGCUAAAGCUGUUGCUGCAAAGAAACGUAAGGGAAGUUCCCGUUUGGAGAACCUUGGAAUCCCAGAGGAAGAACUAUUACGUCAACAACAAGAGUUAUUUGCCAGAGCACGACAGGAACAAGCUCAACUAGAACAACAACAAUGGAUACAGAUGCAACAGGCAUUACAACAACAACAACAACAACAACAGCAGCAGCAACAACAACAACAUGACGGUGAUGAUGAUUACUCAUAGCAGUGACCACAUUGAUAAGGACAGAUCUAGCCACACAGGGAAAACAACAUCCGACGCCCCCUAAAUGUUACAGAAAAUUAAACAGGACAUCCACUGUUAUACUGAUUCAGGAGAAAGUGUGUAAAUGAUAAAGCUCAAAGACGAUGAAGAGAUUCUCAGGAUAUGUGAUUGAUAUACUGUUCGACUCAAGCUUCUAAAAAGACUGACAUAAAAUCAGAAAUGUGAAUUUCAUUUUAAUAGAAAGAUUGUAAUAUUAAAGCUACACAAAAGAUACCCAACUUUAUAUCAGCGUGAAAUUGAAAAUUUUUAAUCCAUUAGAGUUGUAUUUACACACCUGUAACUUUGUCAGUGAGAAUUUCUAGUACAGACUGGUUUAUUAGCUCACCAGGCUCAAAGGGUCAAGUGUCACCAGGUCCAAAGGGUCAAGUGUCACCAGGCCCAAAGGGUCAAGUGAGCUUAUGUCAUGAAGCAGCAUUUAUCGUCUGUCCGUUGUCCGUUGUCCGUCAUCCGAACUUCAUAUUUAAGGUCACAGGUGUCUUAUUCCUUCAAUCAUUUCAAUGACUUCUCAUCAUUCAAGAGUCCUGAUAUAUAGCUGAUAGGUUCCCUUUGUGAGGCCCAACAACUUUUGCGAAAAGAAAUUAUGGUUUGUACAGACCUUGAAAAGUGCUUUAAUUUCAGGUCUUACAGUGUUUGAAAGUCCUGAAAUUUUCAUAUUUUUUUUUAAGUCCUUGAAAAGUGCUUGAAUUGUCAUUUUUUUGUACUUUAGUUUUACUGAAAGUGCUUGAUUUUUGUGUGUUACAGAAUCAGUAAGAAAAAUCCAGGAUGUUUUAAUCUAUAUUGAUUUAUUAAUGUAACUGUCAAUCUUAUCCAUUUAGUAACCUAUUUAAAACAAAGUGCAGUCUUUUGAGCACUUUACUUACACAACAUAAUUAUAUACUGUAUUCAAGCAUCUAGGAGAUCUAGGCAGCAUGUGUUACAAAGAGAAAGUAGGUUGCUUGAUGGAGCCUCCUAGAUAUAGUUAUAACUACAAAUGGAAACAGAAUUACCAAUGCAUGGGAAAAGGCUGUCUCUGGGGAAUAUGACAUAUACAGCUUGGUGUGUGAAAGGAUAUAGAAAUGGGUAUACCAAGGUAAUUAGUGGCAGUCGGAGAAACAGAUAAUGUGAAAAUGUUCAUCAUACAAGUAUAACAAUGAAAGGUCGGAAAGCUUAAUAUCCCAUCACAACAAAGAGCAUACAAACAAAUUCUACCAAUAUUAUACAAGCCAUUCUAGAAUCUCCAUUUCUUUACUAUGUGGAAGUGAAACAUCCUCAUUUAAGUUUUGUAGACGAUGCAAGCAGUAACAAAUCACUUGUCCUAUACAUUCAAUGUAUAUUAUUCCCAGGUCUUUAUAUAGCUACAGCUGUACAUGUUUUUGAACAGUGUUAUACCUUGGGGGGAAAGACAGUAUGCAGUUGCAUAUUUAGCAUUGCAGAACAUAUCAAAGAUAUGUUGUCUAAAUAGAUAUACACUUAUUAUGUAAUCACUUCAUUUUAUUUGAUGAAUUCUAAAGCCAAAGAAACAUAUUUCAAUGCAGAUUCUGGGACAACAGUAAUAAAAUAUUCAUGGUAAUAUUCUGAUAUUUUACACAUUAAAGAUAAAAAGAGAACUCAUUUCACUACAAGUUUGGCAAAAAAAAAAGGUACAAGGAAAAUUGACAAAAGUGCUUCAAUUUUAGUAUGAAAAAUCUGUACGAACCAUGGAAAUGACCUUGACUAUAUUAAAGAUCACAGGUGUCAAACUGCUCCAAACAUUUUAAUGACUUCUUAUCACUAUCCAAGACUCAAAGAGUCAAAAUAUUUGGGUAAUAGGUUCCUUGGAUGAGGCCCAACAAAGUUUGCAAAAAGAAAUAACAUUGAACUGUAUAUUCAAGGUCACAGAUGUCAUAUUGUUCAAUCAUAUGAAGGACUUCUUCUGAUUUCCUGAAAGGCCUAGAAUUAAUGGCAGAGAAUCAUCAAACAAUUAAGUUAAUACCAGGUGAGCGACACAGGCCCAUUGUACCUCUUGUUGUAUAAAGCAUCAAACAUAUUGUAUAUCAUUAUCAUCAGUAAAAUCUACAUUACUCAUUA